AUGUCUCACUCGCACGAGGGAUCUGACCCUUACCGAUAUCACAUCUUCCGGAGACCACGACCUCAAUACCAAGAGUAUUUGAUUGUGGACAUUGAACAGCAUCUGUCUGAGACCCUCACAUCGGGUUCCAGGGCUAAAGGGGUGCUAUCUCCAUCCUCUCCUCCUCCAUCCUCUUCUCCUCCAUCCUCCCCCCAGUCCUUUCCUACAUCUAUCUCCUCCUCAGUCCUCUCCUCCAUCUCCCCUCUCUUCAAUCUAUUUCCCCUGGAUCCACAUCCUCAUCCUCUCCCAGUCCAUCUCCUCCUGCUACGGACUGCUACUCCAUCUCCUCCAAUAUCUUCUCCCACCAUCUUCAUCUCAGUCCUCUCCCCUCCCCAACCUCAACUUACUCCCCCUCCAUCCUACCCCAGUCCCCUGCAGCAUCCAUCCCCUCCCACUCCCGUCGCGCCUACUAUCCCCGCUGCAUCUACCACCCUCCAUCCACCCCUCCCUUCAUAUGCCCCCGACCCAGGGCCCAGGAUCUCCCAACCCAAAACCCGAAACAACAAAAGCCCCAUCUCCCACCUUCCUCCCUCCAACCCAUCAAAAAGGGGGCCUCGCGCAAACGUCGAAGACACCGCCCUUCUCCUGCACCCCCAUGCAGCAAAAUGCCAGGCGCUAACCACCCGCCGGCGCUACCAACAUGGAUGA